UGUGUGCAUUUAGAACCUAGGGACGCGUGACGUCACAGGUUUGGAAGAGGAGGAAGACAGAAGACCGUCGAAUGACGACGUGCUCGUAAUCAUUGUUGGGCACUUCCCAUUGCUAAAUCAGCCCAAAUCGAACCGAUCAUAUGAUAUUUAAACAUUUGAACUUGGAUUGGAUGUGUGAACUAGAGGACCAAACCGACCAUGGCAGCGAAUAUGUACAGAGUUGGAGAUUAUGUCUAUUUUGAAACUUCAUCAACUACACCUUAUCAGAUCAGAAGAAUAGAAGAAUUAAAUAAGACCCCGAAUGGCAAUGUUGAGGCAAAGGUUAUGUGCUUUUACAGGCGGCGGGACAUAUCUAGCUCCCUUAUCCUACUUGCAGACAAGCACCAAAAUGAGUUGGAGGAUGACAUGGAAGAAAAAAUGACAGAUAACAUGGAUGAAGACCUGGAUGAAACUGAAGAUGAAAAAAUGGAAAGUGAAGCAGAGAGGACAGGUGCUGAUAUCAAUGAUAAACAAAAACAUCAGUUGAAACAUCGAGAGCUGUUUUUAUCGCGACAAGUUGAGACUUUACCCGCUACACACAUCCGUGGGAAAUGUGUGGUUACUCUGCUGAACGAGACCGAAUCUUUGCUCUCCUAUUUAAAUAAAGAUGACACAUUUUUCUACUCACUAGUAUACGACCCCCAACAGAAGACCUUAUUGGCAGACAAAGGAGAGAUUAGAGUGGGCUCAAAGUUUCAGGCUGAGAUACCUGCAAAACUUCAGAAUGUUACAGAUGAUGAGAGAGAUCUAUCAAAACUUGAGCGCCUAAUGUGGGGACCCGAACAUCUCUUAAAUGAUCGUCAAAUAGAUCAGUUCAUGGUUAUCGCCCGUGCUGUAGGUACCUUUGCUCGUGCCCUAGACUGCACCAGUACUGUUCGUCAGCCUAGUCUACACAUGAGUGCUGCAGCUGCAUCAAGGGAUGUUACUUUGUUUCACGCAAUAGACACAUUACAUCGUCACAAAUAUGACACAUCAUCUGCCAUGAGCACACUAGUUCCACCUGGUGGCCCAGUUUUGUGCCGUGAUGAGAUGGAAGAAUGGUCCGCAUCAGAGGCAAAUCUUUUUGAAGAAGCUCUAGACAAAUAUGGCAAGGAUUUUAAUGAUAUCCGACAAGAUUUUCUGCCAUGGAAGACACUUAAGAGUAUAGUGGAGUACUAUUACAUGUGGAAGACAACUGACAGAUACGUCCAACAGAAGAGAAUCAAAGCUGCAGAGGCAGAGAGUAAACUGAAGCAGGUCUACAUUCCCAACUACAACAAAGCUAACCCUGCAGCAAUAUCUGGCAAGAUGAAUGGCUUUGGGAUGGAGGGUCCAGGUCGCAACUGUGAGAGCUGCUUCACCAGUGACUCCACUCAGUGGUAUUCCUGGGGACCUGUCCAUAUGCAAUGUAGACUUUGUUCUACUUGUUGGGGGUAUUGGAAGAGAUAUGGAGGUCUCAAGAUGCCAACACGAUUAGAUGGUGAUAGACCUGCUCCUGACAACAGACAAGAGCGUUUGGCACACCUCCAGUCAUUGAGACUACACAGAUGUACGAUCAGUGGAUGUGGCAAGGAAUUUAAACUGAAGGCCCAUCUGGCUCGGCACCUCGCAACAGCCCAUGGGCUUGCAAUAAGGGCAGGAAGUCCACGUCCUGUUAUGAAGACAAGAGCUGCUUUCUGUCUCAUCACUACACCACUGACUCGAAUCUCUCGGGACGUCUGUGCUGACUUACUGAAAGUGAGGCACGCAGCCCGAAAUCCAUUUCUACCUAUCAACAUAGCGGGAAUAAAGCAAGAAUGGGAAAUGUUCAAUUUAAAUUCAGGUCAAACGCGUCUCCCAUCAACUCUUAAAGAGAUGUUGGAAAAGAAGAAAAGGCGUGUUCCGAAGAAAAGUUUGAUGCGUGAUGUGUCAGCUAAACUAGGUAUAGAUGUCACUAUAGCACCAGAUCUUUUGAGUAAAGAGGGCACUGGGAUACCUUCAGGCAGGUCGCUAGCUUUCCCACCCUUGACCAAAGAAGAGCGUGAGAAAAUUCUUCUGGGUACAGAUGACAGGGAUAAUUCUCUUUCUAUAAUGAAAAAGCGUGGUUUUGACACCAAUGGUAUAGAUGGUCCCCCAAGCAAAAAGGCCACAAUUGGUGUAAUCCGACAAGCAGGGAGUGUCAGACAGACACAGGUAAGAAGGGAAGGGGAUGAGACUGGUGCAGAGAGACGUAAACAAGCCCUAGACUGGAUACAAAGACGAAUGGGUAAGGGAAUGGGUAUAACUCAUGUAAAUGGUGGAGGUAAGGGACCAAUGAAGCGUGGCUCCUCACUAAAUUGGAUGGAUGCCCCUGAUGAUAUGUACUUCUACGCAACAGAUGCAACCAGGAAAGUGCGAAAACAAUUGAAUGGCCCACAAUUCAAACAAGCUGCUCGCAAACCUUGGCGUAAACUUGGUGUGAAGACACCAUCAGCAGGACCCAAUGACGUUGUUGUUUUAGACUGAAGUGAAUGCGCAUAGCGUCUUAAGUGUUUUGGCGGUGGUCAGGCAAAAAAUUAUGAGAUCUAAAUGGGUAUUAAAAUGCAUGCAGUGAAUAUCAAUUUCGUGUUGAGUCUUUUGAUUCCUCAUUUGAGUUUUAUAAGACUAUACCCUGAUCAUCGUUGACAUUAAGGAAGCUUUAAGCUCAUUGUGAAUUUUAGAGAAGUGAAUGAAAUAUUUAGAGUUGUUGAUUUAUCAUUAUCAUCGUUCUGUGAUUAGCUGGUGAUCUUGUAUUUAAGGGCAAGCUGUGUGCCAAAGGAAUCGCUAUUAUCAAAGCAAGCUGUACAAAAUAAUUGGGAGAUAAUCGCCAGUGAGAUCUAUGGACAGUAGUAUUGUUUAAAGUGGUUGUAUAAAAUGGAACUACAGUGUGCAAUUGCAUGCAUAUAGUAAUAAUAUUUAUAAAAUACAGCCUAAAUGCUGUACAUCCUUGAACUUCAAAUACUAUUUCUAAAAGUUCAUAAUUAAAUGAAAUAGAAGUUAAGUCCGAUUAAUUGCCUUUUUGGUUUUUCAUCAUAUUCUCAAAAGUCUAUGGAUGGGAAAAUGUUGAUUUUGUCAUUGGGUUUUAUUUGAUUAAAUGACCCCAUUGACUUGUAUCUUUUUUGGUUUUGGAGAAUAGAGGUUUUCAGAUUUAAAUAUUUACAAGUUGUAAAUGCAUUCUAUAGACCAUGUCAAAGUACAUGUAAAUACUUGUACAGCACUGUAUUUUUAAGCUAUGUAUAAAAUAAAUAAUAAUUAUGUGUAAUAUAAAUUCAGUUCAUUAGAAAGAACAAUAAUUUGUUUGUUUGUCUAUUUGUUUAGCAUUGAAUAUGUGAAAUGUCCCUGAGCUGCAAGUAAACGUUAGUGAUCCUAUACAAAAAAA